UGGGUCCUGGAGCGCUCCCCCCUCCCGCAGGCCCCUCCCUGACCGGCCCGGACGCAGGGUGUGCUGGUCAGGACGCCCCACGCUCGGCGAUCGCCGGCCCGGACUGCAGGGUCCAGCGAUCGCGGUUGCGCCCCGCCCCAGGUGCUGCGCUCUGGGCCAGGCGGCCGCGGGGGAUCCGGGCGGGCUCAGCUCCGUGCUGCCGCGGGGCUGCGUCUCGGAGACUCCGAGGGCUAGGGCUCUGUGCCCAUUCCUGCCUGGCUGGCUUCCGCUGGUGGUCCUGCGAGAACAUGGUGCAGAAGUACCAGUCUCCUGUCUGCGUCUACAAGUACCCAUUUGAGCUGGUCAUGGCGGCCUAUGAGAAGCGCUUCCCCACCUGCCCGCAGAUCCCGGUCUUCCUGGGCAGCGAGGUCCUACGCGAGUCCCGCAGCGCUGAUGGGGCGGUGCACUUGGUGGAGCGGAGCUGCCGCCUGCGGGUGGAAGCCCCGCGGCUGUUGCGGAAGAUUGCAGGCGUCGAGCACGUGGUCUUCGUGCAAAGAAACAUCUUGAACUGGAAGGAGAGGACUCUCCUCAUUGAAGCGCACAACGAGACCUUCGCCAGCCGCGUGGUGGUCAAGGAGAACUGCAGCUACACGGUCCACCCUGAGAAUGAAGACUGGACAUGCUUUGAGCAGUCUGCCUCGCUCGACAUCCGGUCCUUCUUUGGCUUUGAAAGUGCCUUGGAGAAGAUCGCCAUGAAGCAGUACACAGCCAACGUCAAGAGGGGGAAGGAGGUGAUCGAGCAUUACCUGAACGAGCUCAUCUCCCAGGGCACCUCUCACAUUCCCCGGUGGACACCUGCCCCGGUCCCAGAGGAGGACACCCACUCCCAGGCUGGGCUGAGGGAUCCUGGCUCCCUGGAGGUCUGCGGGCCUGGUAGCGCCCAGGGCCCUGCUCCCGAGAUGGUCAGUACUGAUGGGGACAAGCUGGAUGCAGACUACAUUGAGAGGUGCCUGGGCCAUCUCACACCCAUGCAGGAGAGCUGCCUGAUCCAGCUGCGGCAUUGGUUGCAGGAGACCCACAAAGGCAAGAUCCCCAAAGACGAGCACAUCCUUAGGUUCCUGCGGGCUCGAGACUUCCACCUGGACAGGGCCCGUGAGAUGCUGUGCCAGUCCUUGAGCUGGCGAAAGCAGCACCAGGUGGACCUCCUCCUUCAGACCUGGCGACCCCCUGCCCUCCUGGAGGAGUUCUAUGCAGGGGGCUGGCACUACCAGGACAUAGAUGGCCGCCCCCUGUACAUCUUGCGUCUGGGCCACAUGGACACCAAGGGCUUGAUGAAGGCCGUGGGGGAGGAGGUGCUGCUGCAGCAUGUUCUUUGCGUCAAUGAGGAAGGACAGAAGCGGUGUGAAGGGAACACAAAACAGUUUGGCCGUCCCAUCAGCUCCUGGACCUGCCUGGUGGACCUGGAGGGUCUCAGCCUGCGGCACCUGUGGCGGCCAGGGAUAAAGGCCUUGCUGCGCAUGAUCGAGGUGGUGGAGGACAAUUAUCCUGAGACCCUGGGCCGGCUGCUCAUCGUGCGAGCCCCCCGCAUCUUCCCUGUGCUCUGGACGCUGAUCAGCCCCUUCAUCAAUGAGAACACCAGGAAGAAGUUCCUCAUCUACAGUGGCAGCAAUUAUCAGGGUCCCGGAGGCCUUGUCGACUACCUGGACAAAGAAGUGAUCCCCGACUUCCUCGGGGGAGAGUGCCUGUGUAACGUCCCUGAAGGAGGGCUGGUCCCCAAGUCCCUCUACCUGACGGAAGAGGACCAGGAGCACAAAGACCAGCUGCAGCAGUGGAGAGAGACCUACCAGUCGGCCAGCGUGCUCCGCGGGGCCCCCCAUGAGGUCGCAGUGGAGAUUCUGGAGAGGGAGUCAGUCAUCACCUGGGACUUUGACAUCCUGCAAGGGGACGUGAUGUUCAGUCUGUACCACACCAAGCAGGCUCCCAAGCCGGGCCCCCGGGAGCCUGGUGCCAGGGCUGGCGGGCAGCUGACAGACAAAGGCUGGGCCCUGGGUGCAGAUUACAGCCGUGUGGAGGCCCCCCUCAUCUGCCGGGAAGGGGAGAGCAUCCAGGGCUCCCACGUGACCCAGUGGCCUGGCGUCUACCUGCUCCAGUGGCAAAUGCACAGUGCCCCUGGCCACAUGGCCUGCAGCCUCCCGGGCGUGGAGGAUGUCCUGAUGGCCCUGCACAGCCCUGGCCCCAGGUGCAAACUCCUCUACUACUACGAGGUGCUGGCGUCUGAGGACUUCAGGGGCUCCAUGUCCAGCCUGGAAUCCUGCACCAGCCGCUUCUCCCAGCUCAGCGCCACCACCUCUUCCUCCGGCCAGUCCCACAGCAGCUCCCUGGUCUCCAGAUAGUCAGGACCGAGCCCUGCGGGGCAGCCUGCUUGCCUCCCACAUCCACAAGUAUCCACGAGGCCUGGGACCAUGUGGGCUGCAGCCCUGGAUCUGGACAUAGCCAAAGUCGGGCUGGCUGGAGCCCUGUGGGCUCUUGAAGUGACUCCAGACUUCCUGUGAGGACAUCCGUCACUGUUUUACACACUGUGCAUCUGGAGAAAAGUGGGAGAUUGGGAUACUAGUUACCUUUGACUUUCCCUUUGUAGAAACUGCUGGUGUUCUCUGGGCACAUCCACUCAUCUGUAAGAGCAUCAUUCCAAGUGGUGUUUCCCUCAACAAGCUACAGAAUGUUCUCCCCACGGGUUGAGACUUUUUUUCCUACCCUGCGUCUGGAAUUUCUCCCCCUGUAAAAUGAACUGAUCACACAGUCUGUUUCAGCCAGGAAAACACGAUGUUUCUUGUUCACCGGAUCGUUUGCUCCAACCAGAAGCAUUAAACGUUUUAGAUUUGGA